GCUCAUCGUUUUCAAUUUUCGUAGCAAAAGGCUAUGACGUCUCUUUUGAUUGGAGGAGGCAUCACUGUGAAGCCCCCAAUUCCAUUCUCCCCAUCAAGUUUAGCUUCCUUCAAUUUCGCAACUCCCUCUUUUUCGCGUAGUAAAUCGAUUACUAUUUCACGGAAUCUGAAAUUGGUAGCUGCUGCUUCUCCCAUGGCGAGUCAGCAGAGCUCAGUCCAAGCGACUACUUCUGUCCCCGAUUCUUCCAUCAAGCUCCUAUUUGUCGAAAUGGGCGUCGGCUACGAUCAGCAUGGACAGGAUAUUACAUCAGCGGCAAUGCGGGCUUGUAGGGAUGCCAUUUCCUCCAAUUCAAUUCCUGCUUUCAGAAGAGGCUCUAUACCCGGUGUUUCAUUUGCCGAGAUGAAACUGCAGAUUAAAUUGGGAGUCCCUCGACCUCUCCAGCAUUUGUUGGAUAUCAGUAAGGUCAAGUCAGUGUUCCCUUAUGGAGCGAUAACGAACGUUGAAGUUGUGGAUGGUGGACUGAUAUGCUCAAGUGGUGUGGAAGUUGAGGAAAUGGGAGAUAAGAAUGACAACUGCUACAUUGUCAAUGCAGCUGUCUAUGUUGGCUACUAAAUAAGUUGAUGUGUACAAGAUGUACUAAUCGAUCAAGAUCAAAGUAGUACGGAGUAGUUUUUUUGAUUCGCUGCUAUGCUAAUUCAGUUCAUGCUACAUCUUAUAGCUCACGUGUAAUGGGUUAUCGACAAUUUCUUACCUGAACAGAAGUGGUGUUGCUGCACAGACAAGUUGGCCGCAAGUCUCAGGCAACAUAAGGGGGCUCCAUUUUAGUACCACCUUGUCUUCAUUGUAUUUAGAUGGACAGCAGAUACUCUGUUUUUAGUUGUUGUACUGUCUGAUUUCAAUCAGUUUUCGGCUUUUCGCUGUAAUAAAACGGUUGAUGGUUGCUUUGAUGGAACAUCACAUUCAGUUAUAUGCUACUAUGUUGUUUCCACCA